AUGCCGUGCAGUGAAGAUGAUGACUCUCAAACCGGGUUCUCUGAACCUACCCAAGGAAUGUCGAAAGCCGAAUUACGAAAGACCAACAAACCGAUUAUGGAGAAGAAGCGGCGCGCGCGCAUCAACAAUUGCCUCAACGAGCUGAAAGAUUUGCUCAUUGAUGGGUCUGAUAAAGACCCAUCACGCCACUCGAAGCUGGAGAAGGCGGACAUCCUGGAGCUGACUGUUAAGCACCUUCAGAAGCUGCAGCGCCAGCAGCUGGCUGCAGCCAUCGCGGCAGACCCUGCCGUGCUGCACCGGUUCAAGGCAGGCUUCAGUGACUGUGCUGUGGAAGUGAGGAGAUACCUCUCAAGGCUAGCCAGCGUUCCCACGGGCCUCAGACAUCGGCUUGGAAACCAUCUAACCUCCUGCAUCGGAGGCAUGGAAACCCUCCAGCCUCGAGACUACGCUCCACUCGUCCCAGACCCUUUAAGACUUGACGACGAAAGACCCAGUGCGUUCCACUUCGUCAGGUCUACCAGGCCUACCAGCCCUCCCCUCAGUCCGCUAUCCUGUGACUCCGCCUGUGACUCCUCGACUGAACUCGAAACACCACCGCGACCUGUCCAAACAUUCCCAUUCCCCACACCACCCAGUAGAUCUGCCUCCGACCAGGACUCUAGCCCAGAAACACAGAAACCAACAGUGUCCUCCACAACAAUAUCUCCAGAAAGCAGACAUGAUGCGUUACGUAACAAGAAAUACAUGGAGCCGUUGUCAAUUGUGAUAGAUGUAGAGAAUUAUAAAAUUGGUAUCGACGCCUCACCAAAGCGAGCUGUAGACUACUCCAUUAGACACAAAUUGAAACGACCUGUAGUGGACUUAACGGGGCCUGCUCCUAAAAUAUUAAAAAUAGAUGAUAAAGUUGUUCCUGAUAUCUAUAGAACUCCAGAGAAAUCAGCAUUUACGAGGGUCUCAGAGAGAAUGCCACCGUUUCCUCAUAAAAAGCUGACGUUACCGGAGAGUAUACCCUGCGUCAGUGAGAGGCCGGUGGAGAUUCGGCCAGUACCUGCUCGAACUGUGAUAAGCCACACUGCGGCGUCUCUCGCUCAGUCCUCACAAGUAGAACCAGUCCAACUGUGUGCGCCUAAAGAAGCCAAACUGGAGGCAGAUACUAGCUCUAGGUCGCCUAAACAAGGCGCCUCUACAAGUUCAGAAAUGUGGAGGCCUUGGUGA